AUGUCUGUGAUUGGGAAGCCAAGCCCGUCCCUGACCCAGGAGAUCCUCAGCUACCUAGGGCUUGCCAACAAAACCGCAGCGUGGGGCACUCUGGGCACCCUGAGGACCUUCUUGAGCUUUGGUGUGGACAGGGAUGUACAGAGGCUGCUGAAGGCCAUUGCAGGGCAAGGUGUGGACCAUGCCACCAUUGUGGAUGUGCUGACCAAUCGGAGCAGGGAGCAAAGGCAGCUCAUCGCUCGCUCCUUCCAGGAGCGCACCCAGCAGGACCUGCUGAAGUCCCUGCGGGCAGCACUCUCUGGCAACCUGGAGAGGAUCGUGGUGGCUCUGAUGCAACCAGCAGCCCGAUUUGAUGCCCAGGCACUGAGGGCAGCUCUAAAGGGUUCAGGUUCUUCUGAGGAUGUAGCCAUGGAGAUUCUAGCUACCAGAGCUCCACCUCAGCUGCACCAGUGCCUGGCAGCCUAUAAAUAUGAUUUCCAGGUGGAAGCUGAAGAGGACAUCAAGUCUAAGACUAGUGGCAUCUUGCAAGACCUGCUCCUGGCUUUGGCCAAGGGAGGUCGUGAGAGCUACUCUGGGAUCAUUGACUACAACUUGGAGGAACAGGACGUUCAGGCAUUGCAAAAGGCUGGAGAACUUGGUACAGAGCGGACUUGGAUCCUGAUCCUCACCCAGAGAAAUCCUAAACACCUGGUCCGAGUCUGUGAGCAGUAUCAGCGUCACACCGGGCGAGUGCUGGAGGAAGCUGUCCAGCACCGUUUUCGUGGAAAUGCCCAGGCGGCUCUGCUUGGCCUAGUGUCAGUGAUCAGGAACACACCAGGGUACUUUGCUGACAAACUCCACCAAGCCCUACAGGGAACCGAACCCAACCACCAAGUUCUGAUGCGCAUCCUCAUCUCUCGAAGUGAGACUGACCUCCUAAGCAUCCGAGCUGAGUUCAAGAAGAAAUUUGGGAAGUCCCUUUAUUCUUCUCUCCAGGAUAGAGUAAAAGGGGAUUGUCGGUCAGCCCUACUAGCCCUGUGUAGGGCUGAAGACAUUUGA